UUUCAUUCUUAUUACUCCCUCGUCCCACAAAAACCUCCAAGUUCAAAUUCCAUACAUGGAUUCCCCAAAUCCCAAUUCCCAACCUAUGAGAGUCCUUAUUCGGCCCCCCGCUCCAAACCCACCACCACCCUCCCCUCCUCCUCCUACACCACCUGAUCCUUCACCCACCCAAAGUCCAACUCCCAUCCCAUCUCAGCAAAACGGCAUCGUUGUAGUGGGUUUCGUGGGCAGGCGCCACGGCGAUGUAACCCAACUGAUUAACCGAGUUAUUGACGCAAAUGUGUUUGGUUCUGGGAAUCUUGACACCCCCUUUCGUUUCAAUAAGCAAGAAUUGAUUAGUGAGGAGAUUGAGGAGUGGUUUAAGCUGAGAUGCAUCAGCUAUUAUUUUGAGGAGGAAAAAGGGAUUUUGUAUUUGCAGUUUUCUUCGAUUUCUUGUCCUAUCAUGGACGCGGAUUUGGAGUCUCAAUUGGGAUUUGACUCUUUAUUCGAGGACCGUGAAUUCGGUGAUCUUCAAGGAUUGCUUUUUAUGUUCUCUGUUUGCCAUGUACUAAUAUUAACCCAAGAAGGAUCACACUUUGACACACAGAUUUUGAAAAAGUUUCGAGUGUUGCAAGCUGCAAAACAUGCUAUGUCUCCCUAUUUCAAAUCACAGAGUAUGCAACCAUUGACACCAAAUUCUCAUGCUUCAUCUUCUUCUAGAAUGUUCCUGUCAGGAGCAUCAUCAAAUAGUCCAUCUCCUGGUAGAAGCCGCAGCAUCUUAAAUCGUGGUGCUGCAGUGACAUUGAUGUCUGGCUUAGGUUCACACUCCUCUUUAUUGCCGGGACAGUGUUAUCCUGUUAUUCUUUUCAUUUUUCUUGACGAUUUUAGUGAUGCUAAUCCUAGUUCUGCUUUGGGAGAGCAAGUGGAGGGUUCCCCGUUAAGUCAGUCAUCAAGUUCAAACAAUAUGGCUAGGCCAAACUUACCAACAAAGGGAUCUGGGUCAGUUGUUGUACUGGCUCGUCCUGUCAAUAAACCUGAAGGCGGUUUCAGGAAGAAAUUACAGUCAUCCCUUGAAGCACAAAUUCGUUUCUCUAUCAAAAAAUGCCGAAUACUUUCAAGCUCUGAAACUGGUCAUGCUGGUACAAGAAGUGGAGGCAUUUCAAGUGCAGCACCUUUAUUUUUGCUAGAUGCAUCAAAAGCUGUUAUACUUGUAGAUUUGUGCUCAAACCAUAGAGGUGAAUCUCUUGAGUUUGCCACUCGCCUUGUUGAAGAUGUUAUUGAUGGGAAGGCAACUUCAGAUUCUCUUUUGCUCGAAAGCAAUAGCCAGAGUGCAAACAAGGAGGACAUACUUUCAGUUAAAGAAUUCAUUUUAAGGCAGUCUGAUUUCCUGCGAGGAAGAGGGGGUAUGGUAACUAGCACCAGCAGUGGCCCAGCUACUGGUGUUGGCAUGGUCGCAGUUGCUGCCGCUGCCGCAGCGGCCUCAGCUGCUUCUGGGAAGACAGUUAGUACUCCUGAACUUCCCAGCUUAGAGACCUGGCUAUCUUUGAGUCAACCAAUUCUCCAUGGAAUCCUUUCUGUGAAACCAGGGUAUACUGGCAAAAGUGAAUUUAGCAAAAGAAAACCGGACCAACAAUAUGCUGCUAUGCCUGCCGUUGAAGGGAAUGCAGCAAAAGCUACUGAUUCCUUAGAAAAUGCCAUAUCUAUUUUGGAGAGUGGUAGAGGGCUGUGCGCCAAAUUUUCUACUUUGUGGUGUGAAAAAUCCCUUCCAAUCGCUAAAGAGAUUUAUCUGAAUGAGUUGCCACCCUGUUAUCCAACUUCACGGCAUGAAGCCCACUUGGAGAGGGCUCUGGUGGCUUUUAAGUCAAUGGUAAAAGGGCCUGCCGUGCAAAUUUACAUGAAAAAACUCAAGGAUGAAUGCACAUCCAUCUGGAGUUCUGGUAGACAAUUGUGUGAUGCUGUUAGUUUGACAGGAAAACCAUGCAUGCAUAAAAGACACAGCGUUGGAACUGAUGAUUUGCUUGUAACCGACGAGAUCAAGCCACAUUCCAGUGGAUUUGUAUUCCUUCAUGCAUGUGCAUGUGGUCGUUCAAGACAACUACGACCCGAUCCUUUUGAUUUUGAAACAGCCAACAUUUCUUUCAAUUGUUUUCCAGAAUGUGACAAGCUUCUUCCUGCACUACAUAUCCCUCAAGGUAGUGUUGAAGGGCCUAUUAAACCUUCUUGUUGGAGAUUGAUACGUGUUGGUGGUGCAAGGUACUAUAACCCUGCAAAAGGUCUACUCCAAAGUGGCUUUGGUACAACUCAGAAAUUCCUUUUAAAAUGGUCAAUUGUUCUUGGAAAACAGAAGAUGAGCAAUGGUUUGUCUUUGAGUAAUCAGCUACAAGUUUAUUCAAAUAAAUUAAGUGGCAGCGACAAAGAUGAACCUCUUGCAGGUAAAGACACAAAGAAGGUUGGUGAUGCUCAUUUUCAGGCACAAGAAGUGCAGAGUGAAGUUGAAGUACCAAAAAGGCAGCCUUUAUUAAACAAUAAAGCUAGUGACAAAAUGAUGGGAGUUUCCAACUUGACAAUGAGAAAACCUUUUUCUGAGGUGGUUGCUGGAUCAGCUGGAACACAUUCAGGGUUUCCUCCUCUUCAGACCAGAAAACAACCUCUGCCAGGUUCUGGGAAGGGAAUUAAGCAGCAUGAUACAAGAGAGAAGGGUUUGUCAAAGGCCAUGGAAAUUGCCAAUAAUCAAGGGUCUCAAAAACUUCCAAAUAUUGCUACUAUUGAUCAUGCAACCAAUGGGGUUGCAAUUAAUACUAAUGCUGAUGCAAAUAGUGAUCCACCAUUACAGAUAGGUAGCAAUGAUGUUCCAUUGAACAUGGCUACUGGAGGUAAGGUGAGAGAAUUUAUUCCUCUGAAGCAUGUAUCGAUUUAUGUUGGGUUCGAGCAUGAGUGUCCCCAUGGGCACCGGUUUAUAUUGACGCCAGAUCAUCUCAAAGGCCUUGGUUCCCCUUAUGCAAUGCCUGAAGAAUCUCUUGUUACAUCAUCCAUUGAGAACUCAGAUCAUAAUAUGGCAGAUUCUUCUAAAUCUGGUAAGAAUGGUGGUCAUGCUAGGGCACGCAAACAGUCAAACGGAACUAUUAACAAUGCUUUUCGCAUGACAAGUAAUCUGGAAGAGUCAAAAGUGAGAAGCACCAAUAAAAUUGUAUAUGAAAAUGGACAGAUGCAAGUUUCCAAUAUAUUAAGAGAACAAAAUCUCAGUGAAGCUAAAGGUACUUCUUCAGUGAUGGACCUUGCAGCUGGUUUUCAGUCUGUUAAUCUUGAUGAUGGUGGAACUGCUUUCUCCCUCGUGAAUAGAAGUCUACCCAUUUACAUGAACUGCCCUCACUGCAGGGAGUCAAGGAAGAAAAAAGAUACAAUGAAUGUUAAAUUUGCUAGCACUAUUUCACAGCUGCAAAGGAUCUUUUUGGUCACGCCUGCCUUUCCAGUAAUUUUAGCAGCCUGCCCAGUUGUGCAAUUUGAGGAUUCAUGCCUCCCUUCAACAGUCCCAGAUUGCAAAGAAAAGCUGCAAUUUGGCCUUGGCUGUCGGGUAAUUUUGCCUCCAGACAGUUUUCUCUCACUCAGGCUUCCCUUUGUUUAUGGUGUAAAGUUGGAUGAUGGAAAAGUGCAUCCUCUUAUGCCUUUCGAGGAUCAACCGCAACUGACUGCCUGGAUUACCAAAGGCACCACAUUGCAGGUUGUAUCUCAAGGAAGCAAUCUUGCUGGAGUAGCUAACAUGUAGUGAAAUUUGGUGAACCUGAGGAGUGAUGAUAAAAAUAGUAUGGUUCACUUUGCGCUUUCCGAGGCAGAUUGCUCAGCUAGCCUGCUGUCUGAUAAUUGGAUUGACCUGUGCGCCUCAAUCAUGUUGAGAUCACAUUGUCAUGCUGCUAUUCAUGGACCCAUGGUAGAUGACACUUGUGCGGGUGGCAGAAACCUUUGAGGGUGUGCGUUGCCUGAGCUGAUGCAUCAGUUAAAUCAGGGGUUUGCAAGCUGUGACAAGGCACAAUUUUCUGCCAGAAUGAAUUCAGCCGGUUGCGCAAAAGCCUCAAGUUCCAAUGGAAGGAUUAGGGAGGGGGCAACUGCCUUAUCCCAUCUGAAGAAGUUCCCUCUCCGAGAGGUCCAUUCCUAGGAGGAUCUGCUUAAUCAUAUUGAUGGCAACCUGGGCGUGCCACAUUUGAAUAAAGGAUGUGCAAAAUGCAGUUUUCAUUAGUUCUUCUGCGGAUGGCUUCACACUGACUUGUCAAUUACCUGUCACAUUUGUAUUUCAUUUUCUUUUGCAAAAUGAAUGCAUGGGAAGUUAUUGCGUCCAAUAUUUUCUCAUUCUACAGUUUAACCAAUCCUUAAAUUCUGAGCUGUGACCAACAAUUGUUGCA